GCCUUGGUUAUAUCCAGGUCCUCCCUAUGUUGAAGAGACUAGACAUGACAUGUUCUCAUAACCUGAGAGAACUUCCAGGUCUGUCAGGAGCCAAAAAGCUGGAAGAGUUGCUAAUGGAAGGCACAACGAGAGUGAAGCAACUCCCAAUGUCCAUUGAAAGCUUAUCUAGUCUGCAAACACUCAAUUUAUCCCACUGUGGUUUAGUGCAUCUCCCAAUCCGUAUAUCAGAAACGAAUAUCACUCUGAAAAACGAGAAUAGGGAACGCCGGCAAAUAAUACUAGAAUUUCCCAGAGAUAAAAAAGGCAUACGUUUUCUUGCAAAUCUGUCCAUUAAGGGGAGGUUAUAUAUUCCGUUGUCGCAUCUCACAGGAAACGCAGAGCACUUCUCCUGCAUAACCAAGCAAAAAACUCCUGAUGAAGUGAUGGGGAUGCUGUUUGAAGGCGUCCGGCAGAGCGAAAGCUUUUCUGAAUUUAAAUCACUCCACAUCAAGCGGAUCAAGUACAUUGAGGAAGAUGCUCCUUUUGCGUGUAAUAGCUUCUCAGGCUUUCCUUUCUUGGCAGAGUUAAAACUGAUCAACUUAAACAUCCAGAAAAUUCCAGACAACAUUGAUCAUUUGCAGUCACUAGAGAAACUAGACCUCAGUGGAAAUGAUUUCACAAGUUUACCCACAACUAUGGAGAACCUUUUCCAAGUUAAGAACUGUCAUGUUUUGUAACUGCACUAAACUUGAGGCGUUGCCAGAGCUAAUUCAUUUGCAGACACUCAAACUAUCUGGCUGUUCAAAUCUCAGAUCACUGGUGGAACUCUCUACCCUGAAUCCCACCCGAGUAAGAUAUGGUAUGCUAGAGCUUGGGCUUGACAACUGCAAAAGUGUUCAAUCCUUGUCAGACCAGCUAAGUCAUUUCCCCAGUUUGAUACACUAGGACCUCAGCAGACAUGAAUUUGAGGCACUACCUGAAAGCAUCAUAAACCUCUUAUCUUUGGGAACGCUCUGCCUCAAUAACUGCAAAGAACUCAAAUCAGUGGAAGAGCUUCCACAGAACCUCAAGCAUCUCUACGCACAUGGCUGCAAUUCUCUAGAGUAUCUCUGCCUUCUCUACAACAAUUCUAUUGAACACCUCGAUCUUAGCAAUUGCUGCACCCUGGAAGAAGGUGAAUCUACUACGUUGGCUCAAAUUCUAGAGGACGGAUAUAGCAAUGCGGUAAUCUUUUUGCUCUCUCAACUAACUUUUUUUUCUUUCUUUCUAUGAUUUGAUUCCCGUUUGUUUUCCGUAGACUACACCAAGAUUUGCAUGCAUACCGGGAGAUGAAGUGCCCAGUUAUCUAGAUAAUCAAACCCUAG